AGCUUCGCCACAACACUAGCCUAAGCCUACCGACUAAUCUUUCUUUCCCCCUCCCUAAAAUCAUCAUUCACAAUGUCCGGCAAUCAGGCAGUCGACAUCAACCCGCCUAAUGCGCAAAUCAGCAUUAACACGAACGGUUCGGACUGGAUGUGGGCGGCAUUUGCCCUUUUCAUGCUCUCCGACCUCGGCAUGAUUGCAUGGAUGUACAUGCGCCAUAGUGCACAGCGCGUUCUGCACGUCGUACCCAUCAUCGCUCUCUCGAUAAUGUCGGUCGCAUACUUCUCCAUGGCUGCCGAUCUCGGUAGCACCCCGAUUGUCGCAGAGUUCUACGGGAACCACCAUCAGGUUUACGCGGGCGACCCUGCUACACGUGCCAUCUGGUACGCAAGGUACAUCGGUUGGGUCCUGACAAUGCCCCUGCUCGUCCUCGAAGUCCUGUUCACCGCCGCGAUGUCGCCCACUGAAGUGGCUUCCACAAUGUUCUUCCAAGUGGUCGCCUUCGUAUCGUUCCUUGUCGGUGCGCUUGUCACAUCGACCUACAAGUGGGGCUACUUCGUCUUCGCCGUCGCCUCUCUCGUUUACGUGAUCGUCACCCUCCUCGGGCCUGGUCGCAAUGCUGCUGGACUGAUCAGUGACAGCGUGCGCAGCAUCUUCACACGCAAUGUCUCUGUCCUGGCAUUCCUCCUGUUCCUGUAUCCCAUUGCCUGGGGUUUGGCUGACGGCGGCAACGUUAUCACCUCCGAUGGCGAGAUGGUCUUCUACGGCGUCCUCGAUAUACUUCUCUACAUCUGCUUCCUUUACGGCUUCGUAUACCAGCUUCGCGCUACCGAUGUCUGCUGCUUUGGCUUCGGUCCCAAGACGCACAAGCUCAUCACUGAGAAGCCUGUUCCCGCGGCUGCUCCUGCUGUAGCUCCUGCACCUGAACAGAUUGUAUAAGAGGUCGACUUUUUUCAUCACCACUGUAUCCAUGACCUGAUACCGUUGAACGACGGUCUAUCUAUCUCCAAACAACAUCCUGUCACUAAUAAUGUAAUGCCGUCACGAAUAAUUACGAUUUGGUUUCUGCAGAAAU